UUUAGACAAUAGUCACUCACUAUGCUAAUGUGUAUAUAUAUAUUUUCUAUGCUAAUGUAUAGUGGUUGACACCUGUCAUGGUUCAGUGGUAUCACUUCCUGCUGACAUUUUGUGUGACCCCUGACUAUUAACAGACAUGGGGGUGGUAAAUUACAAUGUUCCCAUUUUCCCAUGUGACAGCUGGAUGUUAUAAUGUCACAAAAUAACACAAUGUUCAUACUACAUAUUAGAUUAACGCCGUUUUCAUUGAUUAUGUAGCUUACUCUUUUUUUUACAGUGAUUAAGAGAAAUGACAUAAUAUCCUCAUAGGCUAGUCUUGGUAAAUGCCAUAAAGUUAAAUGAAUUUAACCAAACUUGAACUGUAUAAACCUAACCACAUGGCCUGUGAGAGAUUACUUUUCAAACUGUCCAUAAUUAUUUUAUGACAAACAAAUGCAGCCAAGUAUGCAGCAUAAUGUUGAAUGGUUUGUAUCACUUACAGUUAGCAGGGAUGUGUGACGCAACAAAUGUUCCGUGUCAGAGAUCGCGUGAAACUAACAUGCCUACGUGCUCCUACACAUGAACAAGUGUUAAAAAUACAACCUUUUUGGAUACUAUUCUAGAUCUCCACGCUUUAAUCAAAUAUCUAAUUAUUAUUAUUUAAAGAAAAAGGAGAAAAAAUAAUUUUCAAAUAAAAAAGGACAAUUAAACAAAAUGAAACGAAACAGAAAAAUCAUCACAAAUGACAAUAAUAAAAAAAAUACAAACUAUCUAAGAUAAGUGUGUAUAUAUUAAUUUGAGGACCGCCUUUUUAUUUUAUUUGUCAGCUUUAGGGGAACAUCUUCAUGCAAACGAAUGCAUUUUGAUCAAUAUGUAGAAAAUAUUUUUUGCUUGCAUAGAUUUAUCUCUUGGUUUGAUAAUUUCAAGUUUAUUUAAAACAACCUUGGUUGACCAAAGUGCUGUACAAAAUCACCUAUGUCCAUCAACAAUAGUUCAAAAUAUCCACCGAAUGUGGCUGUAUUUCAUGAAAAACCACUAGAUGGCACUAUGUUUGUAUUUAUAAGAAUGAUGAGAAUAACCAUAUGUGAAACCCAAAAGUGAAAAACAUACGUUUUGAAAUUGUACGGUAAAUAAUUUUAUAUAAUUAAUUGAACAAACACAUACGAUUUUUGUGUACAUGUUUUUUCUGUUAUCAUUUAACUUUUCUUGUAUUCCAGGUAAGGACACGGCUAGUUCACACAAAGCUAAGGAGGCGUAAAAAAAGCUAAGGAGGCGUUUCAUGUUUUACGUUCACCCAUUGGCCGCUUCACUUCCUGCACGCGCGCUGGAGAGGCGCAAUCAGGUCGCUUGUUGUUGCCGUGUGCGCGUGCGUGCUGACGGAGCCGGUGCGCCGGUAACCUCAGUGCUGUACCAUGGAGCUGCAGGGCAGCCCUGAGACGGAUCCCGAUGAUCUCUCCAGAUACCACCCCUGUUCCGUCCCACAGGAGCUGCAGGCCAGAAAGAAAGAGCAAGAGAAGCUGUCAGGGGUGGUAAAAAGCGUCCACCGGAAACUCCGCAAGAAAUACAUUGAAGUGGGAGAUUUCGAGAAAAUAUGGCGUGAGCACUGUGAAGAUGAACAGACCCUCAGCGAGUACGCCACAGCCAUGAAGAACCUGGCCGACAACCACUGGGCGAGCAAAUGUGAGGGAGAGGGACGCAUCGAGUGGUGUCGAAGUGUUUGUCAGGAGUACUUCCAGGAUGGAGGAAUGCGGCGAGCUUUGGAGAAGGAUGAUAAAAGCGCCAGGCAUGCGGCAGCUGGAAAUAACACAUCUGUGAACAAUCUACCGCAAUUAUCUAAUCCAAGCUCAUCGUUCCAGAUUGGAAGGAUACGGCUGUUGGAUGUGGGCAGCUGUUUCAACCCUUUCCUGAAGUUUGACGAGUUUCUUACCGUCGGUAUCGACAUUGUACCAGCAGUAGAGAGCGUCUUCAAAUGCGACUUUCUCAACCUGCAGCUGCAGCAGCCUUUGCAGCUGGCCAGCGACGCACUGGAUACCUUUCUGCAGCAGUUGCGCGGCCCCAUCGAAGCUCUGCCCGCCCAGCUUUUUCAUGUGGUGGUCUUCUCCCUGCUUUUGUCCUACUUCCCUUCACCCUAUCAGCGCUGGCUCUGCUGCAAGAAAGCACAUGAACUUUUGGCCCUGAACGGCCUCCUGCUCAUUAUCACCCCCGACUCCUCCCACCAGGGCCGGCAUGCGCUCAUGAUGCGCAGCUGGCGAGUCGCAGUCGAGUCGCUGGGCUUCAAGCGCUACAAGUACAUCAAAUUCUCCCACAUGCAUCUCAUCGCUUUCCGCAAGGUCUCGUCCACCACCAGCAGUGACCUGGUCAGUCGCAACUACCCAGAGAUGCUUUACAUCCCUCAGGACUUUCAUACUUUAGAGGAGGAGGGAUUUACUGAUUCGUACGAGUCUCCACGCUCCGAAUUCGAAGACGACCAGUUAGCAUGGAGCUUUGCGGAAUUACCAGACACGCCGUACGAUUCGGAUUCGGGUGAAAGCCAAAGCAGCUCGGCGCCAUUUCAUGAGCUGGAAGACUCCAUUUUGUUGCACAGCUGAACUUGUUUACUACCCCUAGUAACAUUAAAUACCCUACUGUCCUGUCGCUGCCAAAUUGUACCGCUGCAAUUGUGUACUUCACCCCUUUCAAAGCAGCAAAUAAGUUUGCACAGAGUGAAUGAGGACAUGGUGAUUUUUAAGAUAUCGUUCUAAACACAAACGCACUAUUCGACAUUUCAAAAGGUUUCGCAAUAGAGGCAAUGCGGUUUUCGAACAGAAACAGCCGUGCGAUCUCAGGUUGAAGAAGAUUUUGCUCAUUCAAUUCACCUGUUUUCUCAUAUAUCACAACCUUCAGCUAGAUAAGAAUUGAGGAGUUACGAACAACCCCUUAGGUUGCAUUGAGGCUUACUAAGAGCUGCUGUCUUAGUUCUUCGAUUGCAAAUUUCUACUGGACAGUUUGGAUAAAGACUUCAUCCAAACAUUUUCCAGAAAUCGCCUUUAUCGAUGAUAUUUGUAGCAUUUUAAGUGUCUGCAGAACUUAAGUACGUUGUGUUUGGUUUGGUAAUGUGACAGUGUAACUGUGAAUGUGGAUUUCUAGCUUGGUUCGAACAUGGUACUGUACGACUCGCGCAAAGUAGUCAUAGUUUUCGAGAACAAACAAUCUUACAGGUGAUCAGAUCGCAUGCUUUCAAUUUCUUUGUGUUGUUUCAAAUUUUGUGAUCAAAAGGCUUGAAAGUAGCUUUGAGUGGCGAUCUGCCUAUGUUUUCAUUUUACCCCUGUUAUAACCAAUAAUAGUAGACUCCUAUCAGAUUGCUUGUCAGUAGUAUGUAUUAUAGAGCAGGUUAGAUUUCUCUGCAUUUUACCAAAAUGUGACUCUAUUGAGUAGAAGGAUUGUUUACUCUUGACCGUUUACUCUUAAAACCUUUGGUUGAUCUAAGUCUUACUUUCUGUGUAUUUUACGGUGUAACUGGUGUGUAUCCUAUUGAUUUCUUCAAUUCAUUAUUUUAGCUUUCCAUUUCAAAGUAAAGCAUUUCAAGGUACUGUGGUUAAAAGUACUACACCAAAUGUUUCAAUAGCAGUUUUACGGAUGUACAAUCAUAACUCAUGUAUGGAGCUGCAGAACUUAAAGGGACCGUUCACCCAAAAAAGAAAAUUCUGUCAUCUAGUUGUUUUAAACUUGUAUACAUUUCUUUGUUCUGCUCAAUACAAAUAUUUUGUAGCCAAGCAGAUCUGGGGCACCACUGACUUCCAUAUUAUAUUUUUUCUAUUCAAUGGAAGUCAAUGGUGCCCCAGAUCUAUUCAGUUACAAACCUUUUAAAAGAUAUCUUCAUUUGUGUUCACAAAAAUGCAUAUAGGUUUGGAACAACUUAAGGAUGGGUAUUUUCAUUUUACAAACUAUCCCUUUAAGGCUUUUUAUUUCACUCCAGGUUCUUAUAAACACUAUAUUAAGUGUCCAAGCACAUAUUUGCACGUGUUCGAUAACACCCUCUAUAGGGUUGGCAAGAUAUUGAUACUUAACAUCAGCAAAAGCACUUCAACAUUAGCAAUAUAUUAAUAGUUACAAAUGGUCAAUAAAAUCCUCAAUUACCAUAACCUGACAGUUUUAUUUCUUAACUAAUAUAAGGCACUGUUUUAUUAACGUGGAUGCUGAACUGUAAAUCUAAAUGAGAAGAGAUUGUGAUGGUUUCUUAACUCAUGAAAACUCAUGCAAGAUGUUUUUUGCAUUAGGGUUGUGUUGAAGAAACUAUGUUUGACUUCGGUGUUAAGCACUUUAAAGGUGUUUUAGGGGUGCCAAAAAUGUGGAUGGAUUUGAUAGAACAGCAGAAGAGAUUUUUUUCAGGAUGUCUCAAGGUGCCAUUAAACCCAAAUUGUAUUUUUGCAUUUGUGAUGGUAAAGACUGAUUUCAAGAACCGGCUACUGAUUGUCAUUUGAAAAUACGUUAAAUAAAACUUCCCAAAAUACACAGUUAAAUACCUUUAGCAAAUAAACCAGCUCUCAUCUCAAUACUAGAUACUGCCCUGUAAUAUUAGCAAUAGUAUUUAAAAGCUGUCUUUAGUCUGUAUUCAAUUUAUAAAAAUAGUUUUAAAUCCACAAAAAAAAAAGAAAGAAAAAAGCUUUGUAUUGUACUGUUUACUUGUGGUGGUGUGUUCAAACAUUUACAUAUCAAACGCCUUUGUCUUCCUUGGGUUUUAAUCCACCGUUUGCAUGGUUGAUUUUCUCUAUCAGUGUUAUGAUGUUGAAUCCCACAGAACUGGACUGUUUGUGAGAAUGAUUGACAUUCAUUUUUACAAAUAAAGGUCUGCUGCCUUUC